GAAACGAAAAGGAAGUAAUCGAGAAAUGGCGAGAGAAACCGCUUUACUGCGGAAGAAGGAAGCGAAGACCUCUUCUGAUUCCUCUCCCUCCAGGCUUCAUCCUCCUUACUUCGACAUGAUCAGCGAUGCGAUAUCGACGUUGAAGGAUCGAAGAGGAUCGAGCCAGCAAGCGAUAGCGAAAUUCAUGGAGGAGAAGUACAAGGAGGCUCUUCCGCCAAAUUACAAGAAAAUGUUAUCGGUUCAGUUGAAGAAGUUUGUGAAAUCCGAGAGGCUUGUCAAGGUUAAGAACUCAUUCAAGAUGUCUUCCACCGAGAAGCUCAAGUUGACAAUCAAACAAACGCUGACAGACAAAGCCAUUGCCGUCGUGGACAAGAAGACGAAAAAGGAGAAGGUAGUGAAGAAGACGAAGAGGCUAAGUCAGGUUAAGACUCCGGAGGCGUUGAAGAACGCAAAAACGACGGCGAAGAAGGUUGCUGCGAGAUCGAGCGAUGUUAAAAUGAAGCGACUGAGUCAGGUGAAGACACCGGAUAGGUUGAAGAGUAAGAGUUCGACGCCUUUGAAGACGAAGAAAGGUGCGAAGUAAUGGGACUGCAAUGGCGGUUUUUUAUUUUAGAAAAACAAUAGUUCUGGACUUUUCUUUCUUCGGGCUUCAGGUGUAAAGAUCCAAAACGGUGGCGUUUUAGUGUGUUUGUUAGUUGAGGCAUUUUGAA